AUGGCUGCGGUAGACCUCGGCCGAUACCGUCGCAUCGUCCAGAUGUUCUGGGAUCCCCAACCUACCAACGACCAUCAGAGUGAUCUUCCAGUUUGGUGCUUGGGUCGCUCCUACAAGCUCAACACCAAGGCUACUAAAGACCAGGAUACAGACAAUCGAAGCCAAACCCCUCCGUCGACCGAGUCUACCGAUACCAAGCCAAAAUCCUCACAGGUGUUAGCUACGGCCUCGGCCUCGGCCAAAGCCCCGGAAACCCCGCCGGAUUCUGUGUCCAGUAGCUUUUCGUCUUCGCUUGCUUACGAUGAGGAUUACGUGGAGCAGGACGGUGGCUGGCCUUCGGCGUUUCUUGACGACUUUGAAUCCAAGUUUUGGAUGACGUACCGAUCAGAGUUCCAGGCCAUAGCAAAAUCUACAGAUCCACGAGCCUCGUCUGCGUUAUCUUUCUCGAUGCGUAUCAAAAGUCAACUAGUGGAUCAGAACGGCUUCUCGUCUGACAGUGGCUGGGGAUGCAUGAUCCGAUCAGGUCAAAGCUUACUCGCAAAUGCGAUGGCAGUCAUCAACUUAGGGCGUGGAUGGCGACGGGGUGACAAAAUUGAAGAGGAGAGAAAGCUGAUUUCUCUAUUUGCGGACGAUCCAAGAGCGCCUUACUCCAUCCACCAGUUCGUUCAACAUGGCGCAGUGGCAUGUGGGAAAUACCCUGGGGAGUGGUUUGGUCCCUCGGCCACCGCUCGCUGCAUUCAAGCUUUGGCUAAUGCCCAAGAACACCAGCCUCUUCGAGUGUAUUCCACUGGAGACGGUCCUGAUGUCUACGAGGAGAACUUCCUGAAGAUAGCCAAACCCGAAGGCUCACGGUUCCACCCUACACUCAUAUUGGUUGGUACGAGGCUCGGAAUUGACAAGAUUACACCGGUCUACUGGGAGGCUCUCAUAGCCGCACUACAAAUGCCACAGUCAGUGGGCAUUGCAGGUGGCAGACCUUCCUCUUCUCACUAUUUCAUCGGCACACAAGGUUCAUACUUGUUCUACCUUGAUCCGCACCAUACCCGACCUGCCCUCCCAUUCCAUACGGAUCCUUCUCUCUAUAGUGAAGCAGAUGUUGACACCGCCCAUACUCGACGCUUACGUCGGCUCCAUGUUCGGGAGCUGGACCCCAGCAUGCUCAUUGGUUUCUUGAUACAGGACGAGGACGACUGGAUCGAGUGGAGGCGUAACGUAAAGCACGUCCAAGGAAAAGCCGUCAUCCUUGUGGCGGACUACGAUCCCGUGUCCAGAGGUGGCGGAGGAGAAAGGAAUAGCGCCAUUGAUGAAGUUGAAACGAUUAGUGAUGACGAUGGUGACACCAUCUUGGACGCUUGA